AUGGUUGACCCCUUGGUCCACCUCUGCACUUUUUUUCACACCCCCACCAUAAAAUGCACUUGGUUCUCAUGUUGCUGGGAACUUCUUCAUUGUAUACUAGGAGCACUGCUAGGCAAGCAUAUACCUUACAGGCACGGGAUUAUACACCGAGACACCAUUGAUAGCAAUGUUUGGAUGUGGAUUCCUCAAAUUGAUGAGUGGUUUGCAGUUCCUGAGUGGAUAAAAGAACAAGAUGGCAAAAUGCACUUCAGAAUGGCGGUGGUCGACCCAGAGUGGUUUCCUAGGCGUCCUGGGGUGGCUGGUGAUUUUGCCUUAGUGCUUGACAUGUUGGAGAGAACAUUCCCUUUUGGCACCAGUGCGGAAAAUGAGGCUCCUGGCGUCACACACGACCUCGAGGCCUACAUCUACCUUAUAUGGCUCAUUGGGGUGAACUUCAAGGGUCCAUAC